UUCCUUCCUCUCUGCUCUGCACUAGAGUCCGGACAUAUGAAAAACUGGCUGCAACAUGUUCGAGGAGGGAGGAGGGGGUGAGCUGCCCCCUAAUCUUUACCUCCUUCCUGCUUCAGCAGUCAAGGAGCCGAAAAUACCCAGUGCACUGAAAAGGAGAAGAAACCUGUGGCGGCACUGGAUAAAAGACAUCUACAGAAAGGUCUUCGGCUGGCCGGUGCACUGUAUUAAUGUUUGGAUGAAGUAUAUUAUUGGUGGCCUGAUGGAUUCUGAGAAGAUAGAACCAAAAAAUAUCACAUAUGAAGAAUGUAAGAAGACAUCUGUGAAAGGUGAAGCAAGUGCCAGACGGGGAAUGGAGUUUGAAGACACAGUAGAUUUUUCUGUAGAUGACCCUGUGCUACAAGCCCUGGAAGGAGUAUCUGGGGCUAUUUACAAGAAGUGUUUUUCAAAUUGGCACUGCCCACCAGAGGAGAUGAAGGACCAACCUUUGUUUAAAGAGAUAAACGCUGGAAUACGUGGUAUCUACAAUAAUAUAAAAGCUACAGUUAGACCCUUGGAAGAAUAUGAAAUUCUUAUUGCAAUUACUAAUGCAUUAAUUACUCAUUUGAAGAAUUUCAGGAAAAAAAGGAUGACAUACAGAUAUAACACAGAUCAAGAAGAAGCCGAUUUCCUUAGAAAGCAGAUCAAAUGUCUUCUGUUAUACUGGUUACCUGAUUCCUUAAGAAAUUCAGAUCACAUUUUGGUGUUUUUAAAUGAGAUUCUUUCAAUAAAUGUUCUCAGACCGUCUAUCAAUAACCUGGCAGAUUCUACAUUUAUUAACGAGAUGAUCGUGAGGAAUCUGGCCAGUGAAGAGGUGCUUGUGAAGGAUGCAUUAAAAGAGUCUGGUGCCUUCAGCGAAAAUGACAGUAACAUUCCGGUGUAUACAAGUGACAGCAUCCCACACAGAAAGGAAAAAAAAGGCUUUAAAGGAAAACUAAAAGCUAUGGCACAUCGUUUAAAACGUAACAAAUCUGAAGGUUGCUCAACAUUUCGAUCUUUUCCAAGCAUCGGGGAGGACACAAUGGACUCUACAGAGGACACAAUGGACUCUACAGAGGAGGACACAAUGGACUCUACAGAGGUCUGUACAUAUACAGAGCUCUGUGAAAGUGGCGGAGACGAUCUUCUGUCAUCGAUCAUUGAUGCUGGCCUUCAGAAAUGGCUACAAGAAAAUUGGACUGCAAAAAUCUAUGAGAGUCCAACACAAGACAGGAAUAUAUACAAGAUCGGUGUAUAUGAAGAGGGUUCCUUAAAUGCAAAUCUGUGGAUUACAGAAAGAAGUGUGGAAGACUUCAGGCAGAUCUAUAGCAUCAUAUGUAGGGAUUAUCAAGAUUUAAACAUAUUUCCAUACUUAGAAGGAUCAGAAAUAGAGGAAGACAGACAUUUUUUUCAAGCCAUUGGAAUCGACCCGGAUACGUUUAUACAUAAACUGUUGGAACUUAUCAAACUCUAUCAAAAAUCAGAGCCUAUUUUUUUCUUUUCCCCUUUUAAUUAUGAAGAGAAAGGAACAGAACUGUUUAGUAGAGCCUUCUCCGACAAUGAUCUGUCACCGGAGGACAAUUUAGCUGUUAAAUCUGAGACCGAAGAUACAUUUCAUGAAAGCACUGAUGAUCCCGAAGGCUGUUAUGAAAGUGAUGGCUUCAAAGCGUUCCAGUGGAAAAAGAAGGCAAAGAACAAGAAAUCCAAAGAUGGUUCUGGCAAUGAGCUAGAAGACACAUCUGCCAUUUUAUUCAGCAGUGAGGACCAUGCCCUACCUAUGCUGGAGAGGGAGGACACUGUCCAUCACAAUACUGACAGGAAGAAACAAGGAUUUAAUAAGGUAACACAAGGUGACUCUACAAAAUCCAGUACAGAUCCCUUAAGUGUUCCCGCAGAUGAACCGAGUACGAAUUCAUCAAAAGCGAUUCCAUAUUUAGAGGAAGAGAAAAAUAAACAAAGAAAGAAGCUAGAAGAGGAGUUCCUGGAUGCUCUUUAUUGCUUAGCUGAUGAGUUAUUUGCAGGUGGUAAAUUUAUAAUCCGAUUCAUUCGGCAUACUGGGAUUUUCAAAGAAAAAAAUAAGGCAUUACUAGCUGCCAUACCUAAAUUAUAUACAGAAGAUCAGAUAGUAUGGUACUUAAAUAAAACCAGUGAAUUACUGCUAGCUGAUGUGAUUCCCCUGCCGGUGCCGCCAGAUGAACUUCCUUCAAAGGCACAGGAGAUCUUGAAAAGCAAAGUGCAAAGUCUACUAACAUAUACAUGUAUAAAGUACCUAUUUGAGAGAAAGAUUUUGAGGGAUACAGAAGCAGCUUAUGAAGUGUUUCAAAAAUCAAAGGCAAACAAAGAAACUCUUUUUAGAAUUCUUGAAGAUCUUACCAGGAUCCUCACUAAUGCGUCUCAAGAAACCAUCAGAUAUUAAAACCAUCUCAAGGGGUUCUGUAUACAAAAUAUAACACACUCAGGAAAAUGCUUAAAGGAUCACUAAAGGAAAA